UCGCAACCUAUGUUUUGUCUUGUGAAAUAAGGAAAACAAAAAUGAAAAAAGUAGGUCCAGGCCCUCUGUAACUUAUGUUCAUAUAAGCCAAGUUUGGCUGAAAGGAUAAUUUAUGUCCGUAAGUGAGCUUGUGUUAGCAGUGGCACUGAAGUAAGGCUCUGUAAAUGCUGUAACAGAAAAUACCACAAUGAUUAGGGAUGUUAUUUGGUUGCAAAAGAAAAGAGCUGAUGAGUUGAGUUGAGAUAAAUUGUUCACAUAUAAUUACACCUCUUCCCAAAAGUCUCAUGCAGCUGCAAGUUGUGAGGUCUAUGAGGGGAAAUAGAUGCUUGCUUAAUCCAUCAAUGCAGCUUUCAGAAGUACAACACAUAAAUACAACAUUUCAAAAGAUGGAUUUUGUUUUAAAUGUGUUAAAAAGCUAUAUUUAAUGACAGGUUAUCAUAUGUAUUCUAUGCUGGUUCAUUUUGCUUGCAGGAUAUAUUUACUGACCCCUGAUCAAGUGACCCUAAGUGUCAAUGAAGAAUUGCCAUGAAAUGACCUGGCCACUGUUAUCUCUCCUUACAUCACUGUGCCAUGUCAACUGUAAAUACCAGACUUCCAGACCCCCUCCCUUUCUCUGCCUCCUUAUUUUCCCUCAGAAGCAGUUAAUUCCAUUUUCUUUUUUCUCUGCAUACUCCAGUUUUAAUAUGUUGAAAACAGACCAGACUAAUAAGCACUAAUUUAUGUCAAAUCUUGCCGGGGCUCUUUGUUGCUCUGUUUCUCAUCAGGUCACCCUCAAGCUUCAGCUCAGCAUUCAAUUAAAGUCCCUCGUCCCAUCAGAGCAGAUCACGUCAUUGCUGUACCUACCGGCUGCUGUGACUGAGUGGGCCAUGCCUGCUUCCCCAUUAGCCUGCUUGUUUAUCUACUGCUCGGUGCUGUAGUGAACACUACUUGGGGUGGAUGUUCCAUUACCCUUGCAAAACUCUUCACUGUUACUAUAAAAGUGGAAAGAUACAUGCUCACUCUCUAUAUUUCGCAGGGAACCUAAUGGGUGAAGCCUCUACCAAUGCCAUCAUUCACUAUCCCAGUUCAGCUCUGCUUCUCACAAGCUGCUGACAGAUAUCUGAGCAGCAGCUCAGGCUUGAGUUGAUGCAGAGGUUCGAGAUUCCUCAGGUGUUGGUUCAUAAACUGGGCUGUCUUUGGCAGACCUGGGACAUGGCUCGCUAUGGGAAGUAUAAAACCUGAAAGUGGAUUGACCAUCAGGGAGUACAGACGAGGUGGAGCAGCCGUGAAGUCCAGUAAACCACUGACCACAGCCUGAGUAUUUCUACCAUCCUUUAUCAGAGAGCCUGAGGAAACACAGUCACUGCCGCCACCAUGAGCCGCAGCCCUGAGAGGAUCUCGUCUUAUCGUCGUCAUUUUGAGGACAGCAGCAGCUCAUCCUACCAGGUCCGGGUGUCCAGUCCAUCCCCGACUAGGAGAGAUAUCCGUCAUGCCUCUGCCGGCUAUGGCUGCAGAGCAGGGGCAAGCAGCAUGCGUGUGGAGUCGGUGGGCCAAAGGAACAUCUCGGCAGCACGCAGGACUCGAAUGGUUGGAGCAGGGGUCAGCGCAGGAGCCAUGGUGUGUGUUGGGCCGAGUGGAGAACCUGCUAUGGACCUGGAUGUGGCUGCAGCUGAGAACCAGGAAUUCCUCAGCACGCGCACAAGUGAAAGACAGGAGAUGGUCGUCCUCAAUGAUAGACUGGCUGUCUACAUUGACAAGGUUCGAUCCCUUGAGCAACAAAACAAGCUAUUGGAAGCCGAGAUUGAGGCCUACCAGAACCGCUUUGAGAAGCCAUCAGGUCUGCGCCUCUUAUAUGAGGAACAGCUGAGGGAGCUGAAAAAGAUUGCUGACCAGAUGCGAGUUCAGCGGGAAAUCUCUGUGGCGGCUAAGCAAUCCACAGCUGCUCAACUUGAGGCCAUCAAAAUCAAAUAUGAGGAGGCAGUGGAGCUGCGAAGGAAAGCAGAGUUAGACAUUGAAACCUUCCGUCCAGAUGUCGACAAAGCCACCUCCUCACGCAUUGUCUUGGAGAAGAAGCUGGAGCAUCUGGAAGUUGAAAUUGAAUUCCUAAAGCGUGUCCAUCAACAGGAAAUAGACGAGCUGAUGAAACAGAUCUAUGCAGCUCACGCCUCUGCUGAGAGUGCAUUUGCCCUGCCUGACCUGGCAGCUGCUUUGAAACAAAUCCAAACCCAGUAUGACGACAUUGCAGCCAAAAAUCUCCAGGAGAUGGAUUCAUGGUAUAAAAACAAGUUCGAAGAUCUAACCAGUAAGACGUCAAAGCAUGUGGAUAAGGUUCGAAGCUUCAGAGAGGCAAUAGCAGGAGCAAAAAAAGACAUCCAAAGCAAAGAGCGUGACUUGGAUGCCCUGAGGACCAGGAAUGAAGCCCUAGAGGCUCAGAUCCAAGAGAUGCAGGAGAAGUACAGGAAGGAACAGGAGGAGCUACAGGCUCGUAUUGAGAGCCUCCAGCUUGAGCUGAAAUCCAUCAAGGAGAAAAUUGCCCUGCACCUGCGUGAGUACCAGGACCUCCUGAAUGUCAAGAUGUCUCUGGAGAUUGAGAUCACCACAUACAGAAAACUUGUUGAAGGAGAGGAUCUGCGGCUCUCUGGCAUGAUACAAACCUUGUCUCUCACCAGCUGUAGCAUGAGCGCCAUCAGUGCUGGGAUGAGCUUCAGUGGAGGAGGCAUGGGCGGUGUUGGUGGAAUGAGUGGUGGAAUGAUUGGAGGUAGUGGUGGUGGUGGUAUUGGAAGCAUGGGGAGUGGAGUAGGAAUGGGUGGGGGCAUGGGUGCAGGAGGCAUGGGCACAGGUUCAGGCAGUGGUGCCGGAGGAAUGGGUGGAAGAAUAGGUUUUGGAGGUCCUGAUGACAAGACAGGUCCUGCUGGUAGGGCAGGUGGGGCGGAUGUGGGUGUUGGUCAUGGAUCAGGAGCUGGCGGUCUAGGUGUUAGAGCAGGUGGGGUGGGCAUAGGUGGAGGCAGUGGAAGAUUGGAUACUGGUGGAAUGAGUGGUGUUGGCUCUGCUGUUGGGCUGGAUGCUAGAGGUCAGGGCGCUGGUGCUAGAGGUUUGGGCUCUGGGGCUGGAGGUGUUGGAAGUCUAAACUCUAGUUCUGGAGUGGGUGCUGGAGGUUUUGGUACAGGCAGUGGAAGUAUCAGCGCUGGAGGGGUAGGCUCUGCUGCUGGGGUUGGAGGCAAGGGUGGUAGUGCUGCGGGUGGAGUUGGAACUGGUGCAGGUGGUGGCACUGCAGGUUCAGUUGGCACUGGUGCGGCAUUCAGUGGAGGAAAUGGUGGUGUUGGUGGAGGAAAGGGUGAUGUCAUUGGUGGAGGCAUAGCAAGGGAUGGAGGUAAAGAUCCAGGAAUGGCUCCUGCUGGGAUGGGUGGCAGAAUUGGAGGCAGUGGAGGAACUGAGGGUGUGGGCGGAGGUGAUGCAGGUGCUGCACUGUCAGGCAUUGGUGGGAUGGGAAAGACUGGAGGAAUUGGUGACAACAGAGAUUCUGGGAGGGAAUAUGGAUCCAAUGAAUUUGAUGCCAACCAUGAGGCCUAUCCUGAGCAGGCUGUGGAGCUGACGGAGAGAAGGACUGUGCUCAUUAGGUAAAGAACAGUCAAAAAUGAGGAUGAUGUGCUUGAAAUGGACCACCAGGAACAAACCUAUACCAUUACUGGCGCAGCUGAUGACUCUGAUGACGACUGAGCAACACGAAUUCCCAAGUGACCUCCUCUCACCCUUAAACCUCCACGCCCCUCUGAGCUUUGCACUGACCAAGCCCCAUGUCUGGACAUUGACCUACGCCCUUUGCCCUGGCCAAGAAGACCAUGGAUGACCCGAUGAUGCUGAGUGAAACACUCCCUUCAUAGAGUUUAAAUAUGCCACACCCUGAACACUCACAACAUGGUCUCCAAACUUUUGUGUGCCUUUAACCCCCCCCCCCCCUUUUCCCCCAACUGCUGCAAUAAAGCUAUCAGCAUUCAA